AUGGUGAAGAGGGGAGGGCUUAAGAGGAAGAUUUCCAUAGAGAAGAUCGAGAAGAAAACAUCUAGAGGACCUUGUUACUCCAAACGUUGUCAGGGACUCUUCGGCAAAGCUUCGCAGCUUUGCCUUCUCACCGGCGCACAAAUCGCCGUUCUAGCCACUCCUAUGUCUGACAGUUCCCACGUCUCUUUCUACUCCUUCGGCCACUCCUCUGUUGAUGCCGUCGUCUCCGCUUUUCUCGCCGGAAAACGCCCUCUUAUCUCGCCGGAAAACAGCAAAGCCAAGAGGGAAGACAUCGGUAUCUGUUUGACACAAAAGAAUCUAGGGUUAGGGUUUUGGUGGGAAGACGAGGCUCUUACCAGAUCGCAAGAUCCCCAAGAAUUGAGCGACGCGGUCGAUUCCAUGUCGAAGCUGUUGAAACAUGUCAAGCAAUUGCGUUCGAAGGAUGCCUUGAAAAAUCAACUAGACUUGGACUGUCAUCAUGAUCAGGACUUUAAGAACAACGACAUGAUGAAGAAGACCGAUGAUCAUCUUGUUUCACGCCAUGGAACUCAAGAGCCGGAAACCACUCCUGCAAUUUGUUGCAUCUCUGAUGAUUUCUUACAGAACACGGAUUCUCAAAUCAUGGCUAAUUCUCAAGAUUCCUGUAUUAAUGACAACAAAAACAACGAGAACACUUCACCAGUGGAAUACUCUGAUGAUUUCUUCGAGAAGAUGGAUGCUGAGAUAAUGGCUUAUUCUCAAGAUUUCUGCAUUAUGGACAACAACAACGAAAACGCUUUACCUGCAGAAAACAUGGAUGAUAUCGACAUGGAUCUUGAUCAAAUCAUUGAUUUUGGGACGGCUUCUGAAACCUUAUUGUCCUUCUAUGAUGGGAUUCUCAAGACAAGUUUUGAAAGCUUAUUAUCCGAUGGUGUUUUCGAAAGCACUCUAGACCUUCAGGAGUUUGCUGCUAGUCUUCUCACUGGUUCUGAUUCUCAUGACUCUGUGGAUCCAAUUAUGUUCUCUGAUUCUGAACCUGUUAAAGAUGGAGAUUUGGUGCUUCAGAACAGAGGUGGUUUGAAUGAUGAUCACCUCCACUCCUCUGACGUUUUCAAUGAGUUAACUCCUAUUGUUACCCUUUGA